ACACAUCCACAACCACAACGCCGCGCCGCCGCCUGCACCAGGUUAUUUCUUCCUCUCUCUUCUUCUUCCUCCCCAUUCUUUCCUUUCUUCCUCCAUUUUUGCUUCCUUCUCCUUCUUCUUCGUCUUCACCCACGCUGUUGCUCGGCUCCGGCGUCUUCACCCACCGGCGGUUCGGAACCGAAUUGGCAACUCUAUCUCCAACUGUCAUCACCUCUCUUCCUUCCUGCUUUGCGCUGCUUUCCGCCGCCAAGAAAACGACCCUGAAGGAACCGAAUUAAUUCGACAUCAAUUUUAACUCCCUCCUCUUGGAUUCAAUCUCAAUGGCGUCCUCUCUCGUCUCUCCGAGCUCCUCCGUCUUUUUCGAUAAGAAAGAUGCAGGCUAUUCAGCUCUGUACCCACCUGCGGCUUCGUUCCAAUUAUCGGGUCCCGCGGCUUCCACGAAACGCGCGUCCAAGAAAAUCGUGUCUGUGAUGGCACCUCAUCAAUCGGAGCGCAAACCGUCCACAACAGGCGCUGUGAAGACAGGAAUGACCAUGACUGAAAAGAUACUGGCCAGGGCUGCCGAGAAGAACCAAUUAAGCCCUGGGGAAAAUGUAUGGGUCAAUGUGGAUGUUUUGAUGACUCAUGACGUUUGUGGGCCUGGUUGCAUUGGAAUAUUCAAGAAAGAAUUUGGAGAAAAUGCGAAGGUCUGGGACCGUGAGAAAGUUGUAAUUAUUCCAGAUCAUUAUAUAUUCACUGCUGACGAACGGGCAAAUCGCAAUGUAAACAUUCUGAGGGAUUUCUGUAAUGAGCAAGAUAUCAAGUACUUCUACGACAUUAAAGAUCUUGGGAAUUUCAAGGCAAAUCCGGACUACAAAGGUGUGUGCCAUGUAGCUCUUGCACAAGAAGGCCAUUGCAGACCUGGAGAGGUCUUGCUAGGCACAGACUCGCACACAUGUACUGCUGGUGCAUUUGGUCAAUUUGCUACUGGAAUUGGAAAUACUGACGCAGGUUUUGUGCUGGGUGCUGGGAAGCUUUUGCUGAAGGUGCCUCCAACUCUGAGGUUUGUUCUGGAUGGCGAAAUGCCCGAUUAUUUACUUGCAAAAGAUUUGAUUUUGCAGAUCAUUGGUGAAAUUUCUGUGGCUGGUGCAACAUACAAAUCAAUGGAAUUUGUUGGUUCGACUGUUGAAAGUUUGACUAUGGAAGAAAGAAUGACAUUGUGCAACAUGGUUAUUGAAGCUGGAGGAAAGAAUGGUGUUGUCCCAGCGGAUAGUACCACCUACAAGUAUCUUGAGGACAAGACAUCUGUGCCCUAUGAACCACUAUACAGCGAUGAAAAAGCAAGAUACCUUUCGGAGUACAGAUUUGACAUCUCGAAAUUAGAACCACUGGUAGCUAAGCCACAUUCUCCCGAUAACCGAGCACUUGCUAGAGAGUGCAAAGAUGUGAAAAUAGACCGAGUGUAUAUUGGAUCAUGUACUGGUGGAAAAACCGAGGAUUUCAUGGCUGCCGCGAAAGUCUUUCUGGCUUCGGGGAAAAAGGUCAAAGUCCCGACAUUCCUCGUUCCUGCGACACAGAAGGUGUGGAUGGACAUAUACGCCCUUCCGGUGCCCGGAUCAGGUGGAAAAACUUGCUCGCAGAUAUUUGAAGAAGCCGGGUGCGAUACACCUGCAAGCCCAAGCUGCGGUGCUUGUUUGGGCGGGCCAAGAGACACCUAUGCCCGCAUGAAUGAACCUCAGGUGUGUGUUUCGACCACGAACAGAAAUUUCCCAGGUCGUAUGGGCCACAAAGAAGGGCAGAUAUAUCUAGCUUCUCCUUACACGGCUGCAGCGUCUGCGCUGACAGGUUUUGUCACCGAUCCAAGGGAGUUUUUGCAGUAAAUGUUUCUUGUUUAGCGAGGCAUUUGCGGAUAUGAGCUGCGUUGACACUUGCAGGUUUGUUAUCUAUUAUUCUUGCUGUUUAAACUUAUGUUAGAAUUUGUGUUCUUCUAAGUUGUUGUAAUUCUGUGAGGAAAUGAAUAAAUGAUGUUAGAGAUCGAUGAAGAACUUCAAUAAAUUGAAGGAUUUGAUGCUGACAUUAUAAUGAAGAUAUUAUUAUGAAUUUUCUA